AUGAUUUUUGAGUCUAGGUUCCCUCUUCCUCCUGUACCCAGCACGGAUGUAUUCAACUACAUCUUCCGCCAUGGGCGACGUUCAUACCCAUGGAGUCGAGUGCUGUAUCGAGACGACAAAGCAGGGGAAACGCUCACGUUAGCAGAGCUCGAAGAGAAAAGUCGACGCUUCGCCGAUGUCAUGCGCUCCGAGUAUGAUAUCCAACCUAAAGAUGUUGUCAGUAUCCUCGCCAAAGAUAGGAUUCAAUAUCCCAUCGCUUACUUUGCGGCGCUGGCUGCCGGAGCCACUGUGGCUCUCAUCCCCGUACAACAGGAAAUGUCCGAGGCGGAUAUCGCCACUCGACUGCUAGAAUCGCACGUCAAGCUGCUCAUCACUGAUAGCGACCUACUGGCCUUGGCCGAGGUAUCGGCGAGCCUGGCUGAUGCCAUUCGUAUAAUUACAUUGAAUCACACGGAAGGCCAAGUUUGGGCGUCGCUGGAGACUCUACUUCCACGCGGACGACCUGAUACUGACUUCUUCCGACUGAAAUCCAGGGUUGAGGCCGCAGAAUACGAUGCCUUUCUCAAUCGAACGAGCGGAUCCACAGGCAAAGUCAAGUCGGUGUUGACAAGCCAUGCGCACUUCAUCGCCAGCAUGGAGGGCACCAUCGGUACGAUACCAGAUAACACAAAUCCGAAACACGAUGUGUGGCUCUCGCCGUUCUCGCUGGGAUUCUUCAUCAACGCCAAGCUGCACAUGGGGCUCAACAUCCUGCUGGGUAUCCCCGUGGUCCUGAUGCAAGGCAGCCUCGAUGAAACCACAGUGGACGUGAUCGGGCGCCACCGCAUUACAUUUCUGUUCCUCUCUCCGCCCGUUGCAGCCCGUUUGGCACGGGCUGACCUGCGCGGCGCGGGGGUGGAUGUCAGCAGUGUCAAGUGGCUGCUCACGGCUGGCGCGCCGAUGCACGAGAACCUGCGAAAGACGGUGUCGGAGCAGUUCAAUGGCGUACAUCUGGAUUUGGAGUGGGGCACGUCAGAGACUAUGCUGAUUUCCAUACAAUGCAACGAGGAGUCGCGAUGUGGCGGAUUCAGCGGCACCCUGGUAAACGGCAUACAGGCCAGAGUCAUCAGCAUGAGGACCGGACAAGAUCUGGGACCCGGAGAGUCCGGGGAGAUUCUCGUGCGCAAUCAACUUUGUCGUUUCCGAGGCUACCAAGACAACGAGAAGGCCAAUCGAGACUUCGAUGAGGAGGGCUGGUUCCGCACGGGCGACUACGGUUAUCUGGACAAGGACUGCAACGUCUUCAUUGUUGACCGCAUCAAAGAGCUCCUCAAGGUAGGCGAGGGGUAUGGCACGCACAUCUCGGCCGUGGAGCUUGAAGCGGUGGUUUUCGAGCAUCCGGCCGUGGCCAGCGUCGUGGUUGUGAGUAUUCGCAACGAGUUUACGCAAUUGGACGAGCCAUAUGCGUUUGUCAUCCCCAAGCCUGGGUAUGUCCGGAGGCGGCAACUUCUAAUAAAGCUGGAGCAGGAGAUCCUGGAGUUUGCUAACACCAGGCUGACGGGGCUGAGGAGGUUGACUGGCGGGGUCCGGUGUCUGUCGCAUUUUCCUACCACAGGAUUCAAGAUCAAUCGCAGGGCGCUUAAGCAAAUGGGCCAUGCGGCAUCUGUGCAGAUGGCGAAUGGAAUGGCUCUUCCGGCGGUGCAAGCUCCUGUACAAUCUGUAUGA